GGUCAAUUUCUUCUCUUAUGUUGUGGAUAAAGCCAUAUCUUCUCUUGAGAUGAGAUUUGAACAAUUCAAAGACUAUGAGAGAUUAUUUGGGUUUUUGUUUCCACAUAAGUUGAGUGGAAUUGAAGAAAAAGAGCUUAAGUUGUUUUGCCAUCAACUUGAAAAUGCACUCAAGUUUGAAGAAAGAUCGGAUAUUGAUGCCGAAGAGCUUUACAUGGAGUUGAAAUCAUUCAACACAUUGCAAACAAGUGAAUUUAGCAAUCCCAUAGAUGUUUUGAAGCAUUUAAAAGAACUUGGUUGUUACCAGAAUGCUUGCAUUGCAUAUAGAAUUUUGUUGACUGUUCCAGUAACGGUGGCAUCUGCAGAGAGAAGUUUUUCCAAAUUGAAGCUCUUGAAAUCUUACUUACGGUCUACAAUGUCCCAAGAUAGACUUAGUGGAUUGACGGUAAUAGCUAUCGAGAAUGAAAUCUUAGAGAGCAUAGACUGUGAAGAUGUGAUCAACCAAUUUGCUCUCAAGAAUGUAAGGAGAACUUCUCGAAUCCUCGGCUAGCUUUUACGGUAUGUAAUUAUAACACUUUAAUUAUGUCAUUUAUUUUUUUCUUUUAAUAAUAUUGCGUUAUUUAUUAUUUAGAUAUAAUUAGUUUACGUAUGUGAAUUUUUUAGAUCAUUAAAUAAAAGAUUUUUUGGGCCUUUUUUUUGUUUCGGCCCAGGCUGAUGAAUCCUCAGGACCGGCCCUGCCUCUAUCUUACUAUAAAUACCUAUGUAACCC